AUGGUUUAUACUCAUGGAAGAACAUCUUCGACCGGGCUUCGGCCGAAUGUCGAUGUGUCCGAAAUGGGAAUUGAGACCAUCCCAGUUGAGAUAGUUUGCGAAAAGAAGCGUCUCCAUAGUGCGAUCGUUGUUCCGCCGAGCUCGGCCGAAUUCCAAUGCUUGGAGAAUACGACACGACAGCAGCUUGAGAAUCAAAAGGGCCUGGGAGAUAAUAAGAAGAAGCAAUUGGCUGGAGGGAGGUUGAACCCCGUCGUAAUAUCGUCGUUACUAGAAUACGGAUUCUCAGUCUCUGCUCUUGUUCGCGCUUCUUCAACUGCCAAGCCUCCCCCCGAGGUCAAUCUCUUCCGCACCGACUAUUCCAGGGCUUCUCUCGUAUCGGCAUUCAAGGGCCAGCAUGCGGUUGUCAACACCAUCACGAUGCCCGAUUUCGAGGAACAAAAGAACAUUAUUGACGCUGCCGUUGAGGCAGGAAUCAAGCGAUUCAUCCCGGCCGAGUUCGGGAUUGACACAUCAAAGGAAAAAGUAGUCGAGAUCAUGACUUUCCUUCGCAUGAAACCGCAGAUUAUACGCUAUCUACGGUCUAUCGAGGACAAGAUUACUUGGACAGCGAUUAUUACAGGACCAUUUUUUGACUGGAGUCUCGACACCGGAUUCUUCUCUUUUAAUCUUCCGGACAGAACGGCGGAAAUCCACGAACCCGGAUACCACGGUCACCGCUUUAGCUGGUCGAAUUUAUCUACGGUUGGCGAGGCGGUAGCCCGCGUUCUGCUUGCGCAAAACUACCCCAUUGUUGCGAACCAAUACGUGCGCGUCAGAUCGUUCAAUGCCAGCCAAGACCAGAUACUGAAAUCUCUUAUUUCGGUUACGGCGCGUAUCGAGAGUGCACGAGGCUUAGAUGUGGUUGAAUGGAAGCAGAUUAGUGUUGAUCUAGAGGAAAAGGUUUUCGAGGCGCGGAAUACGCUGGCCCAGGGCGAUGCGAGCAAAUUGGGGUAUAUACUUAGCAAGGCCAUCUACAAUACUGGAGGCAACUUUGAUGAUGAGGGCGUGGUUAUGAACGAAAAGUUGGGGAUGAAGCCGCCGGAAGGGCUGGAUGCUGCCAUUGAGCGAGAGUUGAUCAAGCGUCUACCCUGA